AAGUAUUUAGAGUUCAGAUUCCAUGUUGAUGUGGACGGAGCAGCAGAGGAGACCAGGUGAAGACUCGGCUUCACAGAUUCCACCUGGACAGAAAUGUUGACGUCAGGUUAGAGGAGACUCAGCUUCAGAUUCAAAGAUGGUCGGUGUUUCUGGUUCAUGUCUCUGAAUAACUGAAUUCCAGAAGAUGGAUGAUUGUGUGGAGGAAGAGGAGGAGAGACCAGAGUCUCCAGGAUCCAUCUGUCUGUCUAUGAAGAGUGACUGGUCCAAAGAUAAACCUCCAAACUUCAAUAAAGAACCUGGACCCUCAGACACAAAAGGUCGGUACUGCAGUCAGAGACCAGAGUCUCCAGGAUCCAUCUGUCUGUCUAUGAAGAGUGACUGGUCCAAAGAUCAACCUCCAAACUGCGAACCUGGACCCCCAGACACAAAAGGGAGGAAGAGGAGAGGAGUUGGUGUGGAGGAGCAGCCGUCCUGCUGUCCUUUGUGUCAGGACGUCCUGAAGGAUCCAGUCUCUAGCAGCUGUGGACACUGGUUCUGCAGACGCUGCAUGAGCUCAUACUGGGACCAGUCUGCUCCACCAGGACCGUCCUCCUGUCCUCAGUGUGGAGAAAGAUCCAGAGCUGGACUGCAGACAGCCAGUCAGAGCAGAACUGUACCAGCAGAUGCUGGUCUGCAGGAGGUCCGAGAUGAACACAAGACCAGUCUGAGGAGGAGAUGUGAACAUGUGACUGAAGGAAUUGAUGAAACAGGAAGUAGAACCUCCCUCAACAGGAUCUACACGGAGCUCUUCAUCACAGAGGGACUGAGUGAAGAGGUCGAUACCCAACAUGAGGUGAGGCAGCUGGAGACAGCUUCCAGGAUGAAGAGACACCAUGAUGCUCCAAUCAGGUGCCAGGACAUCUUUAAAGCCUUACCUGACCAACGUGGAGCCAUCAGAGUGGUUCUGACCAACGGCGUCGCUGGCGCUGGGAAAACCUUCUCGGUUCAGAAGUUCUCUCUGGACUGGGCCGAGGGCUCGGAGAACCAAGACGUCACCGUGGUGAUUCUGCUCUCGUUCAGGGAGCUGCACCUGAUCGGAGAUGAGCAGCUCAGUCUUCUCAGGCUGAUCCAGGAUUUCCAUCCAUCCUUACAGAAGCUCACAGCAGAGCAGCUGGCUGCCGGGAAACCGUUGUUCAUCUUUGACGGCCUGGAUGAAAGCAGACGUUCUCUGGACUUCAACAAUGGUCCGGUCGUGUCUGACGUCACACAGAGCUCAUCGGUCAACGUGCUGCUGACGAACCUCAUCCAGGGGAACCUGCUUCCCUCAGCUCUCAUCUGGAUCACUUCCAGACCUGCAGCAGCCAAUCAGAUCCCUCACAAACACGUGGACAGGGUGACAGAAGUACGAGGCUUCACCGACGGCCAGAAGGAGGAAUACUUCAGGAGGAGGUUCAGGGAUGAAGAGCGGUCCAGCAGCAUCGUCUCCCACAUGAAGACAUCCAGAACCCUCCACAUCAUGUGUCAACUCCCGGUCUUCUGCUGGAUCACUGCUACAGUUCUGGACCACAUGUUGACCACAGAGCAGAGAGGAGAGCUGCCCAAGACCCUGACUGACAUGUUCUCCCACUUCCUGCUGGUCCAGACGAAGAGGAAGAAGAACAAGUACCAGGAGGGACAUGAGACGAGUCCACAGGAGCUGACGGAGGCUGACAGGGACCUUCUUCUGAAGCUGGGGAGGCUGGCGUUUGAGCAUCUGGAGAAAGGAAACAUCAUGUUCUACCAAGAAGACCUGGAGCAGUGUGGUCUUGAUGUCCCAGAGGCCUCGGUGUACUCAGGAGUUUGUACCCAGAUCUUCAGGAGAGAGUGUGAGAUCUUCCAGAAACCCGUCUACUGCUUUGUUCAUCUGAGCAUUCAGGAGUUCCUGGCUGCAGUCUACGUGCUGCACUGUUGGUCCACCAGGAACACAGAUGUGCUGGAGAACUUCCUGGGAGAAGACUACAGAUACUCAUCUCUGGAUGAGUUCCUGAAGAGAGUCAUGCAGAAAUCCCUGAAGAGUAAAAAUGGCCACCUGGACCUGUUUGUCCGCUUCCUUCAUGGUCUUUCUGUGGAGUCCAACCAGAGACUAUUAAGAGGUCUGCUGAACCAGAAAGAGAACCGUCCAGAAACCAUCCAGACAGUCAUCAACAAUCUGAAGGAGAUGAACACCAACAGAAUCUCUCCUGACAGAAGCAUCAACAUGUUCCAGUGUCUGGUGGAGAUGAACGACCUCUCAGUUCAUCAGCAGAUCCAAGAGUUCCUGAAGUCAGAGAACAGAUCAGAGCAGGAACUCGAUGGGAUCCAGUGUUCAGCUCUGGCCUACAUGCUGCAGAUGUCGGAGGAGGUUCUGGAUGAGUUGGACCUGGACAAGUACAACACAACACCAAGGGGUCGACGGAGACUGAUUCCAGCUGUGAGGAACUGCACAAAGGCUCGAUUUGUUGGUUGUGAACUCUCAGAGACUCACUGUGAAGUUGUUGCGUCCGCUCUGAAGUCCAACCCCUCCCAUCUGACAGAACUGGACCUGAGUCGGAACAAGAACCUGCAGGAUUCAGGAGUGAAGGUUCUGUCUGGUGGACUGGAGAGUCCAAACUGUAGACUGGAGACUCUGAGAUUGCAGGACUGCGGUCUGUCAGAGAUCAGCUGUUCUUCUCUGGUCUCAGCUCUGAAGUCCAACCCCUCCCAUCUGAAACAUCUGAAACAUCUGGACCUGAGUCUGAACAAGCUGCAGGAUUCAGGAGUGAAACAUCUGUGUGGUUUCCUGGAGAGUCUAGACUGCAGACUGGAGACUCUGAGCUUGCAGUGCUGCGAUCUGUCAGAGAUCAGCUGUUCUUCUCUGGUCUCAGCUCUGAAGUCCAACCCCUCCCAUCUGAAACUUCUGGACCUGAGUAAGAACUACCUGGAUGCUGCAGAUGUGGAGCAGCUGUCCGAUCUGGUGCAGAGUCCAGACAACCAGCUGGAGACUCUCAGGAAAAGGUUCGUUUAUUGACCAACGUGGUGAUGCAGUGUCCAACUCUCACCAGCAGAGGGCGCUACACCAUGUUCGGGGAUAAAUGAAGUCUCGCGAGAUUGCACUGAGAACGAGAAACGCACUUGACUGUGAGGAUGUGUGUGGCGUAACGAGGAUAAGUAAUACUUAUUUCUUGCUGUUUGCAGGUAAGAAUGGAGAGUUAUAAUCGCGUACUUGAUGGGUGAAUGUGUA